AUGGGUGUGAGUACAUUACAGAACGGAACGAUUCCUUCAAGGAAAGAGAUAUUGAACUUUACACAGAGAAAACUUGGAGGGGUUUUAGCCAAAAGCGAUGUUAGCAAGAAGGAGAGAGAACUUUGGAAGUUGGCCGGUGCCUUUGGGUAUUGUCAACUAUCACAUAAGAGGUUAUCCAAACCAAUAGUAUCCGAUUAUAUGGGGAGGCUGUUCAACAAGGAAGACGCUAUUCUCUAUCUUAUAGCAAAGAGGAAGAGGAAGAAGGCAAGGAAAAGUAAAAAAUCAAAAGAGUUGAAAGAUGGAUCGGAUGAAAAAAAGAGGCACAAUGCAAAGGAAGAUACUUCGGAGGACUCAGACCCGUUUCCGCAUCUCAGAACGAUGAAAGAUCUUGUGGAGUUAAACAUAGAAUACAAUGAGCAUGAUGGUACUGUGAAAUGUCCCUUAAGUGGCAAGGUUUUUCAUUUGAGAAGUGAGAAAGAUAACGAUAUCAACCAACUUCAACUUUGCUACUUGGUUCCCUGUGGUUGUACUGUUGGAAAGGAGAUACUUGAUCAGUAUCUGGACGUUGAGUACAAAAAGGCACACGUAUCAGCCAACAAACGGAAGUCAAGGUGCUACGUAAAGAUGAGGUGUCCCGUUUGUGGCUCUGUUACAUGUGGCGGUGAUAUUGUUGAUAUAAAUACCCGGGAUAAUACUGAAAAGGAGAGGCUAGCGGAACGAAUGAGAGAUCUGGAAGAUUCCGGACUCACACAUUCUUUGAAGCCGCAAAGGAAGGCAAGUGAUGGGCACACGAAAAGAAAGGGUGAUCCUAAAGAUAACAUUAAGAAAGAUGCGAAAAAGCAGAAGCUGAUAUAA